UGCCACUCAACCCGGAAGUACAGCCCUGACAGGAGCAGCGGCGAAGUUGAGUUUGCGUUAUCCGGGGGGGCGCGGGUCGUGAGCACCCCCAAUUCCGAGGCGGGCUACCUGUGGGCUUCUGUUGCCUCCCUUCCGCCCAUCUAGCCCCCGAGGCCUGUCCUUCCUUGGCCGCCAUGUCCUCAGACUUCGAGGGCUACGAGCAGGACUUCUCGGUGCUCAGCGCUGAGAUCACAAACCGCAUCGGGAAGGUGCCCAAGUUGCUGGGAGAUGAGAAGAGGCAAAUGGUUUCAAAUGUGGAGAAGCAGCUGGAAGAAGCAAGAGAGCUGUUGGAACAAAUGGAGCUUGAAGUUCGAGAAAUCCCUCCACAGAGCCGAGCCAUGUAUAGCAGUAGAAUGAGAAGCUACAAACAAGAAAUGGAAAAACUUGAAGCAGAUUUUAAAAGGUCACGUAUUGCCUACAGUGACGAGGUGCGGAAUGACCUCCUGGGGGAUGAUGGGAAUUCCUCAGAGAUCCAGUUGAUAAAAUUACGUGAAGAGAGGGCACAUCUGCUCGAUAACACAGAGAGGCUGGAAAGGUCAUCUCGAAGACUAGAGGCUGGAUACCAAAUAGCAGUGGAAACUGAACAGAUUGGUCAGGACAUACUGGAAAACCUCAGUCAUGAUAGAGAAAAGAUUCAGCGUGCUCGAGAAAGACUGAGAGAAACUGAUGCAAACUUGGGCAAGAGUUCAAGGAUCCUUACGGGAAUGAUACGAAGGGUCAUCCAGAAUCGGAUCUUGGUAGUGAUCUUGGGGAUCAUCGUCUUCUUGGCAGUCGUGAUGAUUGUUUAUUUCACUCUUAGACCACACUGAUAUCUUUGUUCUUCGCUAACCAGCAACAAACCUCCAGAGUAAUUAAGACAAAGUAGCCACAUGAAUCAUUCCCUUCCAUUGAAAUGGUUCUCCCUCUUAAAAACCUGCAAUUCAACUCUGGCACCAGUAGCAUACCCGUAUUUUGUCUUACUGGCUGCAUGUACCGAUAAUAUUUGUCUUUGUUUUCAAGAGUGUGACAUAGAACAACUGUUCUGGGUUUCCCAUAUUAACAUAUGGAACGGACAUACAUAAUUAAGAGGUAUAAAAAUUGAAUGUGUCAUUAGCAUAAUAAAUUCCAGGCCAGGUUUUUAAUGCUGAAAAUGGUAAGACUUGACUUUUGUGGAAUUAGUAUUUAAAUAUCUGUCAGGAUGGUCGUUUAGGCUCUUUAGAAUAGAAGUAAGCAAAUUUCAAAAACGCACUGAGAGUUACAUUUUUGUGGCUGAAUAGCUAUCACAGCUACAACCCAGCAAAGCGAUGAGCUAUUGUUUCUAAUAAACAUAUCACUCUUUGGCAGGAUUGGUUGAUGGCCUCGGUCCAUCUAUUAUUGUAAUAUGAUCAUGUUUUCUGAUUUUUCUAACUUUUUAUCUAGCAAUGUAUAUAUUCUCAUCUGCGGCAAGUCCUGGAUUAUGAAAUCCAUUUCUUUUAUGGUGUUGUCCUAUGAUCAUGUUACUAUGCUGUUAAUUAUGCUCUGUAUUAUUGUGUUCCUAAUGUAUGUAGAGUUUGAAGCAAGAAAAGCCUGGUAAAAAAAAAAAUCAUAUAAGAGAUUCCUUCAAAGUCACUUCUGAAUUCAACUGCAAAACAAUUAUAGGAUUUAAAAUUUGAUGUACUGUGCUGGAAUAAAUAUAAAUGAAAUUCUGUAUGCAAAA